AGCUCUCGUGAAGAUUCCACAGAAAAACGGUUAAAGAGAGCAAUUGUCAAUGAUGAAAUUGAUAUAAGAUUUGGCUACGAGCGUUACAAAGAUGCAGCCGAGAAAACUGGUUGGCUUAUCAACAUGCAUCCAGUAAGUUAUUAAUUAUUCUAUGACCCUUUUUUGUAACUUAAUUCAAUUUUAGUUUGAACAGACAGUAUAAAAAAAAGUCUAAGAGUCUAGUAUAGUGGCACAUCAGCUAUUUCUAUUACCAGGUAUAUUGUUUCAGGUUUAUAUUAAAAUACAAGGGUGCUCAAAUUAAACUAAGAGUAACAUCUUGCAACUUUUUAAUCUUGCUGGAUUAAAGCUUCACAUUUCAUUCCAUGACCAUUUAAAAUAAAUUUAACUAUUUCUAUCAUAUAUUUAAAAAAAAAAAAUAACCUCAGGUAAAUCAUAACAAAACUGGUGAGAUUUGAGACCCACUAUUUUCAAAUGAUUUAAAACAUUAUAAUUGACUAAUUCCAGACUGACAUUCUGGAUGCAGACAAGAGACUGGUUAGUGCUGUGGAUUACUACUUCUUACAAGAGGACGGUGGUCGAUUCAAGGUAAAUCUCAGGUUUUUUUUUUUAUUAAACUGCCAAUAAACUGCCAAUCAUAUUGGCACAUAAUUUUUUAUUAUAUGGCAUGAUGGAAAACCUGUGGUAUUUACCCUGGAUUAUAAUAUGACUAUUUUUUUGCCGGGGUGGGGGGGAUGUUUAGGGGAAUUUUAUUACUUGCCCUCUUCUGAUAGAUAUCUGUUUUCCAGACCCUGAUGCUUUACUUAUGUCAAUUUUUGCAACCUUUAAGGAAUUCUUGUGUUUCUUUAAAUUUUUAAAAAGAAUAUGACAAUUAUGAUUAUAAAUUGUAACUUUAAAGUCUUAAUGAAACUAAAGCUUGUUUUUGUGUUUUUAAAAAAAAAAAUUAGUAAAAUAAAUUAAUGAUUCACAGUACCUUAGAGGAGAAGAUCUCAGUGACCAAUAAGAGGACAGUAGCUUUCAGAGGUGUGCUGGCUUAGAAAUAAGUUUUUGGAUAGCUCUACUGUAGUUGACAAUAUUUAGUCACUGCUGAUGUAAAACAAAGUUACCCAAAUCAGUUACACUAAAGAGGUGAAUCUGCAAGAUUAACAUGUCACAUAUUUAAAAUGCUUAUGAAAGUUCCACAUCAUUGUAAUUGCACUCUUAAAUGAUUCAUUUUUGUUUCUAUUUUCUUCCUAAAAUUAUAGGCAACACUUCCUUUCAAGCCUUAUUUUUUUGUGGCUGCAAAGGCAGAGUGUGAAAGAGAAGUAGCCAGUUUUAUAAGCAGAAGAUUUUCAGGGAAAAUUGCCACUAUUGAAACAGUACUGAAAGAGGAUUUAGAUUUGGUAAAUAUCUCUUUCAAAUUACCUCUAGGUUAUUGCUAUCGGUUGAUACAAAUUAUUGAUCUAUUAGCCAUUCGAAUAAUUCUAUUUUUUAUGUGAAUCAUUUUUCAUGUUCAUUUACUACCAGCCAAUAAUGUGGUAAAAUAUGAAAUGGCUUACUAUUGCUACUCUUUAGAGUAUAAUAUUUAAAAAAUAUUGUCUCUUAAUAUUGGAUUCCCAGCUGCUGUAAAUCCAUCAUCCAUGUAAGCCUAGGUCUGCCUUUGAGGGUUUUGGUGGUGCACACUCUUCACUCCUCAAAGCUGCCCAUUCAGCUCCUAUUAUAUCUUAAAUCCUGACUAGGAAAUUUAAUUCUUGUUGAACAGCCCAAUCACCUUGUUGGACUUAAGCGGUCCUACAUCAAACUUUCAUUCUAUAACACGGAGGAUCUCAUCAAAGUUAGGAAGGAAAUAUUUCCAGCAGUCAGGAAGAACAAGGCGCGAGAGAAAAACCUGGAUGACUACACAACCAUGCUGACUAGGUUUGGCAUUCUUGGAUUAAGUUUUAGAUAUUAUUAUUUGACUUUGUUUAGUGUGAUGUAAAGUCUUUUUAUAAAGCUGAAUCAUUCGUCAAAGUAAUCUGUAAAAAUGUCUGCAGAUAUCAGAAUAAUCCUGGAGAAGCCAUUUAUUAUAUUAUGAUUUUAAGGAAUUUUAAUUUUUGGUAGACCUCUUUGUUUUGAUAAGGUUCAAAUGUCUCUUUGAAAUAAGAUGUUUGCAUUUAGUUGGUGUGAUUAUUUAAAAUUUGGAAAUUGCUUUUAAGUACUAAACAAUGAAAAUUGCGUUCUGUAUUUUCACCAUAUUAAAAAAAAAUAUUUUAAAUAAGGUGAUUUGGAAGUUUUUUUUCUUCCAAUCUAUUGACAAUUUAUGUGUUGUACGUGUCAUGAUUAUAUUUUGCCCAUUUUUUACUCUGUCAGCCAUUAUGCAGGUGAAGAGGCUUUAAGCACAUCUAAGAAAAUAUCAGAUCAGAUGGAAAAUAUAAUUGACCUGAGGUGAAAUAAUAUUUAUGAAUGCGAUUUUUUUACAUUACAUUCUAUUUUUUUAAAAAUUUAGUCAUUUUGCAUUAGUUUUGCCUUUACCUUAAUAAAUAAAAUAUAUUUUCUUAAAAGAAAAUUAAAUGUAAUGCCAUAAGUUUCAGUUUGUCUUUGCUUUAUAAUUAAUGAAUUAUUUAAAGCUAUCUAAUCGAGUGGUUUCAGUACUUUCUUUUUCUUGAAACUUUCAAUUUUUGCAGAGAAUAUGAUGUACCCUAUCAUGUUAGAGUCUCCAUUGACCUGAAGAUAUUUGUUGGACACUGGUACUCAGUAAAAGGGCGUGGCUCUCAUGAGAUUGACAUCUGGCAUAGGGAGGACCUGGUUGCCUGGCCGGUAAGAUAGUAUUAUCUGACUAUUUCAAACCAUAAUCAAGAGAUGUAGACUAUUUCAUUCUUGAACUGAUAAUGUUGACAAAUGGCAAAAUAUUCUUGGUAAGCUUUCUUUGAUACUAUGUUAAAAACUUAUGUUGGAUUAAUUUUUUGAAGGAUAAACUUACUCCUUUAUUCCAAGUGUAUUCUUUUUUGGUUACUUGUUAAUCACUUUAGAGAUAUUUAUACAUUAUAGAAAUUAUUAAAUAUGAUUUCUAUUAUAUCUGCUCAAGCCACGCAGUUAUAGAUAUUUUUUCUGUUCUGCUUGUUGCAUUAAAUUUGUACAUUUCAUGAAUUUCAGGAUCCUAUUGUGUUGGCUUUUGACAUUGAGACAACCAAAUUGCCUCUGAAAUUUCCUGAUGCCCAAACUGAUCAAAUAAUUAUGAUAUCCUACAUGAUAGAUGGCCAAGUAAGCAGCAAGUGUAAUUAAAUUAAUAAUAAAAUCACCAGCAUAUCCUGUCAAUAAAAUGCUGUUACAAUAGAGAUCUUCAAUGGUCAACAAUUACCAUAACAACUGGAGUUUGUUUGAGGAUCCAAAUAUAUUUGUAUAAUAUUUUUUUUUUUAAAAAUUAAUAAAUAUAAUAUGCAUACAUUUAUCAUCAAGUUGAUAAUACAUUUUUACCAGGGCUAUCUUAUCUGCAAUAGUGAAAUAGUGUCCCAAAAAGUUGAAGACUUUGAAUACACACCAAGGCCAGAGUUUGAGGGACCUUUCAUUGUUUUUAAUAUGCCAGAUGAGGUUUGUCAAAUAAAACAAAAAUAAUUUUUCAAACUUAUUUAAAAAAGCACUAGUUAGGUCUGAGUGGAAGGGAGUAGUGAGGCAGGCCAAAGCCCUACAUGGGCUGUAGUGCCACAGGGAUGGAUGGAUUUAACAAACGACUUUAUCAUAAUAAAAUACCACGUUUUAAUAUCUACAAGUCUUUUAAUUAAAUUUUUUUUAAAAAGUUAAAUGCAAUGACUAUGAUUUUAUAACAAAUUCUAUGCAGUAUUAUUUGGCAUAGAUUUAUUGAAUUCUAUGCAGUAUUAUUUGGCAUAGAUAUAUUGAAUUCUAUGCAGUAUUAUUUGGCAUAUAUAUAUUGAAUUCUAUGCAGUAUUAUUUGGCAUAGAUAUAUUGAAUUCUAUGCAGUAUUAUUUGGCAUAGAUAUAUUGAAUUCUAUGCAGUAUUAUUUGGCCUAGAUAUAUUGAGAGGAUGCAUACAAUAAGAUUUCAUUAUAUUGUUUUAUUUAACAGAAAAGUCUGAUACAAAAGUUUUUUGAGCAUAUUCAAGAAGUAAAGCCACAUAUAGUCUCCACUUACAAUGGGGACUUCUUUGAUUGGUAAAUAUAUCUAUAAGAUUUUUAUUUUAACUCAUAGUUUUUCGUAGCAUGUUAUAUUGAGUGUUAUGAUCAAAUAACUGUUCUUUUUUCCUACUUGUGUGUUGUCUUGUUUCUUGUUGUCAGUGAAUUAGCAUUCGUUUUAUCAUUUUAAAUCAUCUUUGUAUUUUAUUUAUUCUUUAUUAAGUCUGGUAAUUUAAAAAAUUAAUUUAAAAGCUGAUGUUUUAUAAUAUCUAAAAUAAAUAUCUAAACUACAUUUAAACUUUCAUGAAGUAGGCUAUUUACAAAAUGUAAUAUACCUUUGCACGCAUGUCAAUUAUUUAUAACUUAAAUUUGUUUUUUUAUUUUGCGGAUAAUAUUAUACUUUAAAAAUAAAGAAACUGAAAAAUAAAAAUUCAUGACCGAUUUGUAUUAUGAUAGUUCUUUAAAAUUCUUCUUAUCAGGCCAUUUGUGGAGACUAGGGCAGCCAUACAUGACAUUGAUAUGUUCCAUGAGAUUGGCUUCCAAAAAGAUUCACAGGGUGAAUAUAAAAGUCGUCCUGCCUCACAUAUGGAUUGCUUUAGGUGAGACUGCAUACACAAAUGGUUCUAUUUAGCAUUGAGGGGAGUUUCACCGUUAUAAUGUAUGAAGUGGUACUAAUGUGGAUGUGGGCUCACUGAGGUUGUUAUGCAAAGAGUUUUUUUAUCUUAUUGUGAUGAGAGAAAAAUAUAAACUCAUCAAAUCUCCUGUUCUGAUUUACAGAUGGGUCAAACGUGAUAGUUACCUGCCCAUGGGAAGCCAAGGUUUGAAAGCUGUCGCUAAGGUAUACAGGUGUUGUUUACAUCAUCAUUCUGUGGGGGCCAAUGCCAUCAAGAAAUCUCUUUCUUUUAUUCCCCUCUUUUUAUCUCAGUUUAAAAUAUUUUUUUACAUUGUGCAAAUUCAAUUUGAAUUUUUUGUAACUUUAAAUAUUAAAAAUAUAUUUUGUCAGUGAAUUGUCAUUCAUUUUAUCAUUUUAAAUCAGCUUUGUGUAACAGUUAAAAAUUGUAAUGAUUUGUGUUUUUUUUAACUACUAUUUAAUGCAUUCCAAAUAUCAUUGACUGGUUUUAGAAUAUAGACUGCUAGCAUUUAAGCAAUGUUUACAAUUACCAGGCAAAGCUUCGUUAUGAUCCUGUAGAACUUGACCCAGAAGAAAUGUGCCGGAUGGCUAGUGAGCAGCCACAGGUCAGAAUAAUUUCUUAUGGUGGUACUAAAUUAGCUUCUCUUAUUUCAAAAUAGCAUAAUGCUAGUUUUCUUAUUUGCUGACUUAUUGGAAAAUCUCUUUUAACAUCAAAUCAUGGGGUCUUGAGCAGAAGUUUAUCCAAAUAAUGCUUGUUAAUAAUUAAAAUAGGGUGACAUUAUAAUAAAGGUAACUAACAUAUGCCAAGUGAACGCAGUUGAAACGUUAAUAUUUUUCUGUAUUGAUUGAAUAGAAAAUACAGUUAAUAUAUCAGUAAAAUAAUAGUUUUAAAAAAAAGUGUUUAAGUGUAUAAUCCACUCUGUGGUAUUGACUCCUGGGACCACUUUCAUUUGGCUCAGCUCUAUUGCUGUAAAUGAUUUCUUGAUGUUUCCAGGUGUUGGCCAACUACUCAGUAUCAGAUGCUGUGGCCACUUAUUACCUCUACAUGAAAUAUGUGCAUCCUUUCAUCUUUGCCCUCUGUACUAUUAUUCCAAUGGAGCCUGAUGAGGUCUGUCUCUGUGUCCGUCUCUGUGUGGUCUAAAUUUUUAGGCAAACGUUAUUUAAAAAGAAAUAAGCGAACAUUUCAGUAAACUCAAGUUAAAAAUCUCAUAGUUUUUUUAUUUGUACUUGCAACAUCGUUGUUUUAUAAAUAAAUAUUUUAUGAUAAAUAGAUCUUAAGAUUUUUUAAACAAAAUCUAGUGUGAACAUCUGAAAUAAAUUUCACUACAAAUGAUGGAUAAAAUCUUGUUUUAGAUCACCAGGCUUCAGCGACAUAUAACUAAUAAAAAAUUAGGGUUUUAAUCACUGUGGUAUUUGAAACUGGUCUGAACAGGGUUCAAAUUUUGAUGUGUUAAAAACUUGGAACAUAACUUCUUAUGAAAGGAUGUCAAUUUUUGGUUUACAGGUUUUAAGAAAGGGCUCUGGGACUUUGUGUGAGGUCCUGUUGAUGGUGCAAGCUUACCACGCUAACAUCGUUUACCCAAACAAGCAGGAGUCCAUCCUCAACAAGAUGACCGAUGAUGGGCAUGUCCUUGAUUCUGAAACUUACGUUGGGGGGCAUGUCGAGGCUCUAGAGUCAGGUGUUUUCAGAGCUGACUUGCCUUGUCGUUUUCGUAUGGUAUGUAACAGUUAGGAAAACUUCAAGAUAUAUAUAAUAAUAAUAAUAAUAAAGAUUAUUUGAAAAUCACGCUUCAUCUCCAAAGGCUCCAAGCGCGGUACAUACCACAUUGAAGUACAAAACGCAACAUUACAAAAACUACAUAUGAGAAUACCCAUUCUAAGUCUUUCAUACCUGGCAACCAUAAACAACACAGGCCAAUAUACAUGUACAAGAUAGUAGCCAGAUAGACAAAAUCAUCACCCCAGCAGGUGUUUGCGAAACAGAUAAGUCUUCAAAUCAGUUUUGAAAGACUCCAGUGUCUGGCUGUUUCUGAGAGCGAUAGGAAGGGUGUUCUAAAUUGUUGGGCCAGCAAAUGCGAAAGUUCGCCCGUCGUACGUCUCAAGACAAACAUGUGGUAUCGAAAGUUUGCCACUGUCAGAUGAGAGGAAUUGUCUAGUGGGUACAUAAAAACAGUAGUAAGAUAUUUUUGCCUAUGGUCACUAGAAAAUUCCUUGCAAAACAUAUUUUUUUAUGUGCAAAACAUUUUUUUUAUAAAUGUAGAUUUAAAACUCUAUAAAUUGUCUAUAUUUAUUAUGCCUUAAGUAGCUAACAUUAUUAGCAAAUGCAGCCUUUGUGUUCAUUCUUGUAAUUUAAGCCCAUGACUCAAAGAAAAUAUAAAACAUAUUUAACUUCUAGGUCCCUGCAGCAUUCCAAAUGCUCCAUGACACAGUUGAGAAAACCUUAAAGCAUGCUUUGGAAGAGGAAGAGAAAGUUUCCCUGUCUUCUGUGAUCAAUUUUGAAGAGGUGAAUUUGAAACAAUUUCCAAUUGCGCUACAAAAUAGUUAAAAUAUUUUAAAACACUUGUUUCAGUUACCUUAAAGCAAGCUUAUAUAUUGCUGUUUAUUUUUGGGGAGAAAGAAUUUAUUUUUCAAAAACGUUUUUCUGUCUGAUAUUAAGGUAUGUGGUGAAAUAAAAGAAAAACUUGCUCAGUUGCGGGACUGCCCAAACAGACUGGAGAACCCAAUCAUUUACCAUCUUGAUGUGGGGGCCAUGUAUCCCAACAUUAUUCUCACUAACAGACUCCAGGUUUGUACAAAAAUAAAUUGGGGCAAUCGUGGUAAGUGUCAUCAUGUUUUGAAUCUUGAUCUCCCUUAUAUUCAAUUAAAAUAAAGGUGUAUUGCCUUGAUCUUUUUUAUAAUGUUUCUAUUCGUUAAAAACUGGGACUAACUUUACAAUACAUACUCCUUUAGCCACCAGCCAUUGUGAAUGAGGAAACGUGUGCAGCCUGUGAUUUCAACAAGCCAGGAGCAAAAUGUCAGAGAAACAUGCCAUGGAUGUGGAGAGGAGAAUUCAGUACGUGUAUAGAGAAAUUUGAUUUAAUUAGUCUUCACUUUCAUAGAUGUAAUUAGGUAACAAGAAUUAUUAUGAACCUAAACUAAAUACAGCUGUUUUUUUUUUUUUUUUAUGCCAAUGAUUGUAUUUCAUGAAUAGUUUUAAUAACUCCUAGUGCCCGCCACAAGAAAUGAGUUCUAUCGUAUUCAGCAACAGUUGGAAAAUGAAAAAUUUCAUCCCUUGUAUCCUGAUGGUCCCCAGCGAGCAUUCCAUGAACUUCCCAAAGAGGAGCAAGCUGCAAUAGAGAAGAAGAGACUUGGAGGUAAGUCCAGGAACAGUUGAAGAAUUUGAGCCUAGGAUGAAAGGUAGAAUUUGAACCUAGGAUGAAAGGUAGAAUUUGAACCUAGGAUGAAAGAAAUUUAUGGCCAAACUUGUAAAAGAAAAACUUCGUGUGAAGCAAAUGCUGAAUUAAAAACUAAACUAUUUUAAACUAAAAUCUUUGUCAUACAUAUCAGUGUAGAAAAUUAUAUGUAAUACUUACAUAUAUUACAGAGCAUAUACUAACAUUGUCUGUUAAAGUCUUUGUACACAGACAUUUAAGAUAUUGCUUCAUUUACUGAAGAAGAAAAUCCAACAAGCAAACUAUGUAUAAAACGUUUGGAAUCCAAAGUCCUAAAAUUGUAUACAUUUUUAAAAUUUCACAGGACAACAAGGUUGUUAAUAUACAUACUCUCUUUUUUAGACUGGUUAAGAUAAAUACUCUCUUUUUUAGACUAUUGUCGCAAGGCAUACAAAAAAGUCCACACAACAAGAAUGGAGCAGCGUGUGUCCACGAUUUGUCAGAAGGAAAACAGUUUCUAUGUGGACACUGUCAGGGCUUUCAGAGACAGGAGAUAUGAGUUCAAAGGUUGUAGUAGUUCAGCACUGAUAAAGUUGAAUUACCUGGCAUACAAAUGUAAAAGAAAUAUUAUUUUUGAUUUAUGUGAUUGUUAUUUAGUGUAAACAAAAUAUUUAUGCUAUGGAUAUUGUAAUCAUUAUUUAAAUUACUCUUAUUCUUGUAAAAUUUAGUAUAAUAUGCCAGGUUCGUGUCCCAUCUUCAGAUCUGACCAAAGUCUGGAAAAACAAGCUAACAGAAGCUGAGAAGAAAAAUGAUGCUGCAGAAAUAAAGAGAGCCAAUGGCCUGCUUGUGUUGUAUGAUUCACUGCAACUGGCUCACAAAUGUAUUCUCAACUCAUUCUAUGGAUAUGUCAUGAGAAAGGGGUAAGUUAAAUAUACAACAAUUCAUGAGGAAUAUGCAACAAUUUAUGGAUAUAUUAUAUCAGCCCUACACUGAGUUGAGGGUACAGCAUUUUGUUAAAGGGAACUGCCACCUUUCAAUGAUAUCCUAAUUAUAAGGGAUGAUUUAACAUUAUGCAUCAAUCUUCCAUUUAGGAUAAGCUGGGUCUAAGUUUUGUCAAGGGAAGAUAGUAGCAAUACAAAGUACUAAUUACUAAUGGAAAAAAGGGUUUUAGUUUGGGCUAUAACGUUUUCUUCAAGGGGGAGGGGGCGGAGUGAGAGAGAGAGAGAGAAAGAGAAACUUGCAUUAGCGAUAGUAUGGACAUUGGGGAGUGGGGUGAAAUAUGUGGAUUUCCUUAAUGGAAACCCCAUACCUAUGGUUUUAAAAAAAAGAGGUAAACUUUUUUUGUAACGAAAUUUUGAUUGAAAUAGUUUGAUCUUCAUAGAUUUUCUGCAGAAUGGUAAUAACCUUCCACCAGCUGCUGACCAGACUGAACUUGCAAUCAAUUAGGCAUUUUUAAUAAAAAGAUGUUUCUCAGUUAAUAUAACUAUAACAUUUAUAUAUUUUUUUAAAAAUACCUUAACUUUUUUUUUUUUAUAAUGGAAUGCAAUUAGGGCCAGGUGGUAUAGCAUGGAGAUGGCUGGGAUCGUGUGCUUCACUGGUGCAAACAUCAUUACCAAGGCCAGGGAAAUAGUGGAGCAGAUUGGGUAACUAACAAACUAACAAGUAGUUAUUUUAAAGUGGGAAAUAUAUAUAUUUAAAAUAAAAAAUGUAGAUACAGUUUUCUUGAUUAUUGUUUUCUUCACCAAGUGCGUCCAUUUUCUUUGAACUUGAUUUUUACUUAUAUUUUUUAAGUUCAGGUCAUUUAUAAAAAAAAAAUCAUAACUAAAUUAUUAACUUGUUGUUUUUUUCUCUAGCUACAAAUUGAUGUUCAUAACUUAUUUAUUUCAAUGUUUGAAAUCCAAUAUUUUUUAAUAAUGAUUUAAAAAGAAUUUGUUUUCAACUCUUUGGUAAAAAUUACCGCAUGCUGGUUGUCACAGCAAUGAAGUAAUUAACUUUGUCAAUCUAUUUCUAAAUAUUCUCUAUUAUUUAAAAUAUAAAAAAUAUAUAUAUGUGGAGAAAGCUCUAAUUUCCUUCCAUGAUUUAUCUAAUGCUGAUAUAAAGACUUCUUCUUAUUUAUCAAUUUAUUUGUAGACGUCCAUUAGAACUGGACACUGAUGGUAUCUGGUGUGUUCUGCCUGCCAGCUUCCCAGAAAAUUUCAUAUUUAAAACCAAUAACCCAAAGAAGCCCAAAGUGACCAUUUCUUAUGCAGGUGCCAUGUUGAACUCCAUGGUCAAGGUUAGAAGCAAGACCUAAUUUACCUCUGAUAUUCAGUGUACAAACUUAAUAUUAAACUAAACUACAAUGCAGUAAACUGAUUGAAGUCAUUUCCGCAAAAUUCCAAAAUUCAAUGUAUUAAUACAGUAGCUUGAUGGUUGGAAAUGUUCUACUUCAGGACCACUUCACCAAUGAUCAGUACCAGGAGCUGACAGAUCCCGCCACUCUGACCUACAAAACUCGCAGUGAGAACUCAAUCUUUUUUGAAGUGGAUGGUCCCUACCUUGCUAUGAUCCUGCCAGCAUCCAAGGAAGAAGGAAAGAAACUGAAAAAGAGAUAUGCUGUGUUUAACUUUGAUGGCUCUUUAGCUGAACUCAAGGUAUUCUUAAUGCUUAAAAUAUUUCAUUCCUUCUCCCAGCUCUAUGUACACAAACAACAUGCCCACCCCCAUAUGAAAUAAUAAGUUAGAAUUGAGGUUUCAUUGUGCCUCACUGUCUUGCCACCUCACACACAGAACACCUCCCUGUAAUGUAAAUAAUUUAUUUCAAAUAUUGUAGGCAAGAUGAAGCUAUCAUGACUUGUUACAGGGAGAAAAAUAAUUGUAAAUGUUUCUGAAUUAAUUUGUACCGUAACAAUAAAAAAUCUUUUAUGUUCACACAUAUUGAAGCUUAGAACUAAAACUCUUUCGAAUGUUGAGGAUUCAGAUAGACCUAAUAAUGUUUUGCAAUUUAAACCCAGAAGGAAUAAAGCAAGAACUGAUGUGGCCAGGUGUGGGCCCAGCUUGAGAAGUUUUAUAACUGAGCCUGUAAUUUCAGGGGUUCGAGGUGAAGCGCCGUGGAGAACUAGAACUGAUCAAGAUAUUCCAGUCAUCUGUGUUUGAGGCUUUUCUCAAGGGCAACACUUUGGAUGAAUGUUACUCAGCUGUGGCAAAGGUUGCGGAUUACUGGUUAGAUGUGUUGUAUAGCAAGGUAAAUUAAAUAUUGUAUAUCUUUGGUGCAACAAGUUGGGUUUCUAUGUUUAAAUGAUGUUGUUAGUCUUAUCUUCUAGAAUUUAAAAAUGGAUUGCCAUAUAUAUUUGCUGUUUUCUUGAAAAAAAAUUUGAGCAUUGAAAAAUAAAAUACUAUGUCAAUUUUAUACAGCUCAGUUGCUUUCAAAUACGUUUUCUGAAAUGAACAUUUUGACAACUGUUAAGUUACUGGUAUUCUAUUUAUGUGUCAUUAAAUAUUCAUCAAUAUUUAAACAUUGCCAUCAAAGCUUUUGGCCAAUCACUUGGUCAUGUAUGAUUUUAGAUUGCCAUAUGUAUCAAUCAUUUUCUUCACAUGUAUGAUUUUAGAUUGACAUAUGUAUCAAUCAUUUUCUUCAAUAGUUCUUACAAAGUUAAUUUUCUCUCCCUCCAAUUUUUUAGGCAGCAAAUAUGCCAGAUUCUGAACUGUUUGAGCUGAUUGCUGAAAAUCGCAGCAUGUCAAAGAAGCUGGAAGACUAUGGAAGUCAGAAAUCUACGUCUAUCAGCACAGCAAAAAGACUGGCAGAGGUGAAUAAUUUCAACAUCUCUUAAUGGUCUAUGAAUUUUGAGAAAAAAAUUAACUUAUGUAGUCUGUAAUUUCUAAAUUUUUGUGUAAUACUCAUUUGAGUUGAAUUCUUUGAGAAACUCAGAUUUUUAAAUUAAAAAAAUAUUUUUACUUAAACUCUAUGUAGUUUUGAAGGCUUUGCAGCUUAAAAUAAAAAAAAUCUAAGUGUAAUUGAAGAUCUCAAAUUUAUCUUUUGUCUUCAAUUCUUUCAGUUUCUUGGUGAUCAGAUGGUUAAAGACACAGGCCUUGCUUGCAGAUUUGUGAUUUCCAAGAAACCAGAGGGCUGCCCAGUUACCGAAAGAGCCAUCCCACUUGCCAUUUUCCAGGCAGAGCCAACAGUGAGGCGCCAUUACCUGAAGAAGUGGCUCAAAGUUUCUGAUGCUUCCAACCUUGAUAUAAGAGAUGUAAGAAAAAUUCCAUUAACACAACCAAAACUGUUGCUCUUUAUCCUUUCUGUUUUCCGUACUCCAUUUCCCACUUCCUCUACCCUUUUUAAGUGCUGUUUUCAAACUAGAACAGUGUUCAACUAUAUUCUCUCAUUCAUUGGCAUUGAUGCUGGUCGGCUUUAGAUCUUUCUUUUUAAAGAACAAACACUGCCUUCCUAUUGGGCUUGCCCCAUCUGCCUUUUCCCUGUACAAAAGGUCAUUCUGGGAUGUGACCUGUAUUCAUUCUCUUCACGUGACUUAACCUAGCUGAGGGUGUAGAAUAGGUUGCAUAUUUUGGCAUGUUCCAGAACUUUAGUUUUGGGCAUCUAGUCCUGCUCUUAAUGGUAGAGACCUCACUUGGAAGUUGCUGUGUUUUUGCUGCAGGCUUUUAUUUCCUGCAAAGGAGAAAAUAAGUUAUUAAAUUAAAGAAUGAUUCUUUUUUUUUUUAAAAAUAUGACUCUGACCCAUUUUAUACAUAAAACUGAGGAUUUUGUUUCAGAUUUUGGACUGGGAAUAUUAUGUGGAACGUCUUGGUGGCUGUAUUCAGAAAAUUAUCACAAUUCCUGCAGCUCUCCAGUCGGUGAGUCUUAUUUCUAUUUUAAAUUUUAAACUUAAUGAUCUUUCAUAUAUAAAAUGUUCAAGAUGACUACUACAUUUUUUACUCUAUAUUCAUUAAAAAGAAUUUCUUUCUUUUAUUUUUGCAUGUUUUGUUAUCAGCAUUAUUUUCUUAACUUAAAAUUUUAUUAAAUGAUUAGUGCUAUUUGCAGAGUCACCUGAUUCAUUUUGUACUCUUCAGAUCUAUCAUUGCACAUUAUAAAAUUAUUCCACUCUUAAUAUAAUUUCAACUUUUGAAAUCAGUUUAAACAAAAAAAAAAUGUUAAACAUGCUAUGAGUUUGCUUUAAAUCUAAAAAAAAAAAAAAUUUUGUUUUUAGGUUUCCAAUCCAGUUCCUAGGAUUCCCCACCCUGACUGGUUGAGAAAAAAAUUACUUGAGAGAAAUGAUGUCUUUAAACAGAAAAAAAUCAAUGACAUUUUUGCACCUAAGCCAAAGCAGGUCAGUUAUUUGGACAGUGGUCAGUUGAAGCAUUUAAAAAAAAUAUAACAAGGUCUUAUACUAUUUAUGUAAUCAAAUGAAUGGGGCUUCAUCUUUUUUUUAGAAAUAGUUCAUCUGUAACAUUUUAAAUACAUUUUAGUUUGACAAACUAAAAGCUAAUAUUAUACCCUGUAUAUUAGCUUUACUUUGGUUAUGAUCUUAUUUGAACUACUUUUACAGAUUCCAGAGGAUAUAGAGGAAGAAGAGGACUCAUCUGAACAGCAAGCUGUUGGUGAUAUUGAGGACAUUGCCAUCCAUCCAAAAUCAGUGGCCGCCCAAGGGAGAUUGGCAGUGGCUAACAAAAGGAAACGAAACCAAUCAGAAGAUGAAACAGCCAAUCAGGAAGGGCCACAGAAUUGGAGGGAGGUUCUUGGGCCGAUGCCUCCUAUUGGAAAAACUAAGGUUGGUGCCACAGUUGAAGAUCUGAUCUAUGAUUUAGUCAUCUCAAUGAUUUAUCCAUAGAAAGUUGGAAAAUAUUUAUAUUUCUGUAUUAUUUAGCUUCACUAUACAUCUGCUGAUUAUACAGGCAGGGAUCACACUGGACGGUCUAUAAGAUGUGUCCUUUCUUUAAGGAAGAUUAAAAUCAUAAGUAUUAAUUUUGGAAAAAAGUCUGUGCUUAUGAAACAUAAUCUGCCAGUGUUUAUGAAAUGAUAAUCUGUCCAUGCUUAUAAUGAAAGCAAGCCUACACUCAUGUAUGUCUUAAAUUUUUCUCAUCCAAUCUUUAGGAAGAGCGUAACAUUUGGGUUGAGUACCAGAAGAAAAAAUGGGUCAUUCAAAAGCAGAUACGUCAGGAGAGUAAGAGAAGGAGAAUGGAUGACAAUGACUUCCACGUGGGGGUUAGGAUGGGACCCAGCAGUAAUCUGAGUGGAUUUUUGAGAAAAACAGCCAGAACAAUGAUGGACAUGCCCUGGCAAAUAGUUCAGGUAAAUGUUGAGAAUCCCUAGGGGAACUAACUUUAAGUCUUAAAAAAUCUUGGUUUGAUGACCAAACGAGCACAAAACUUGAGAUGAAAAUCCACGUUUAACUUUCAAGUUUGUAUUUAAUUUUUAACAUUUUACUCUUUACUACCAGAAAUUUUUUUCAUCCCCUUUAGUUACUCAUGGGCCACCGACUUUAGAAUAAUAAAUGGCAUAAACACAGAUGUAAAGAAAAUCCAUAUCAUUUUGCACAGUUAAGUUUGGAUCCAGGCAAAGAAAUUGUUUUAAACUUCAGAACAUUUAUUUCAUGCCAAAUCAUGCUGCACAUUACAUUUAAUCUUUAAUAGAACCUUUGUUAAAAAAUAGAGUAAGUUUUUUCAAUGUUUCAUUAUAGAUUAUGGAGACAUCCAUUCCUGGUCAGUUCAGGCUGUGGGCCCUGAUCGGGUCAGACUUACAUGCCCUUAAACUCAACGUCCCUCGUACAUUUUAUGUCAACCAGAAAACACAGAAAGAAGGAGAAGGGGCGAGUACGUGACUUGAAUAUUAGUAUGGAUGUUAUUCUGCUGAGUAAAUUUAAUAACUGACAUAACUAUGAGGUAGUAAAUCUAAAUGAAGCAUUGUCCAUUGCUUUGCAAUGAUGUAGUAUUGUUGAGGGACACUGGCACUGGCCGAUAAAAAUCUGGAAUCCCCUUUUCAUGAGAACCCUCUCUUUGAUUUUUAAAAAAAAAUUGCUGGCGCAAAGUCAGUUGCUUGAAAAACAUUUUUGUCUUGUUGUAUAAUGUUAUUGUGGUUUUUAUUGUUGCAGAAGAAAGAAUUUUCAGAUAAAUCGUGAGAUCUAUUGUCUUGUUUAAUUUUGCAAGCCUUAGCAUACCAAUAUUUAAUUUCCCUUGAUUACUUUUUGAUGAAGUUAUUGUAUUAGAUUUUAAAUUGUAUUCUAAGUGGAAAAACUGAUGGGAGAUAGAAAUCAAAGUAAUUAAAUGAAAAUGUUUGGGAGUAAUUUGUAAUAACUAAGCUAAUAAGUGGAAAUUGUUCAUUUCAUUGCAUUUCUCCCCUUCUAAUUUCAGUGUGGAAAAAAGUCCACAGAACACUGCCAAGAUCUCAUCCAGUUUUUAAUUUGUAUCAGUACGAUGUACCUGAGCACAUUUACAUUAAACAUAUCAAGUAAGUAGCAAUGAUAUCUUUGUCUUAUUCUUACUUUAACACCAAAUCAUUUCUUAAAAACAAACUUUUAAAUGACAGCUUUUUAAAUUAUUAUUUUUUUUUUUUUUUGCUUACCCUCAGCGACAUCACAGCUGACCUGUCCUCACCAGACAUUGAAGGUGUUUAUGAGACCCAGGUUCCUCUAGACUUCCGUGCCAUAGUUAAGCUAGGGUGUGUGGCAACAGUCAAUCGAGACUUUGCCAGGAGCAUGGAUGGAAGAGUGGGUCAUUUUGUUUGGUUCAUAUUUCUUCCAUUAACACCCCUUCACUUCUGUCAUUUUCUUUUCUUUUAAAUUGUAUUGAUUAAUUAAAUAGUUACUUAUUGACUGCUUUUGAGAUAUUGGAAAUAUGAAAUGAUCCAAAGUUAAUUAUGUUUUUGUUAUAACUUUGUGAAGAUUUGAAAUGUUGAUACUUUUUUUAUGCACUUAUCUUAUGCACCUUUCUUAUGUACCUGUCUGUGCACCUGUCUUAUUCACCUGUCUUGUACACCUGUCUUAUGCACCUGUCUUAUGUACCUGUCUUCUCUUGUGCACCUGUCUGAUAUAGGUGAUUUGCAAAUCUCCACAGGAAACAGACACAUUUGAUCUUUACAGCCUCAACUUUCGUAGUGUGGCUCAGUUUCCUUAUCUGAAUCAGGGCUCUAUAAAACACAUGUACCUCUAUCAUCAUAAAUGGUAGGUUUUUGCAUUUAGAUUUACCAAAAACAAAGACUUGCUGCUUUGUUGAAGUGAAAAAUGGUUAAUUAAAUAUUUAAAAAUUCUUCAUCUGUGUCUACAGUGGUUGGGGAGGGUAUUUCCCAAGGAUGUUACAGAUUUGUAUUUUUUAUCCAAAAGUUUUUUUGUGUGUGUGUUUCCCUUCAUUCACCUGGCUAUGUCUCUUAUCCAUUUUAUAAUAUCCAUUAAUGUAGUUCUAUUUCAUAGCUUUGUUUCUCAUUUUAUUUUAUUUUUUUAUUUUUCAAAAGAAUGAAAAUUUUAUUCUGAACUUUUCAGUGGCAACAAGGCCAUCUUCGGUCUAUUCAACCCAGCUGGAAAAGCUGCCUCAAUUUUUGUGUUCGAUACCGCGAUAGGUGAUCAGAUGCCGAGUUUGGGACCCAUGUACACUGCGGAAAGAAACUCAAAGUGAGCCGCACUUUUGUUUUAUUCAUCUUUUAAUUUAAAAAAAAAAAUUGAUGAUGCCUUUUUUAUUUAUUUUGAGUUUAAAAUGCCAUUUUAUAGAGUUGUUGUCAUGCCUAAGUAAUCUCUCCAACAGAUAUGGUGAAUAUCAAAUUCUCUUAUUUUUCUUUGACAAGUAUGGGAUGUUUCCAUAAAUUUAAGAUAAACAUAGACAUUAAAUUUCCUUAGAGAUUAAAAUUAUGUGUUAAUGCUGCAUAACUUUUUCACAGAGUUUUCCUUUCAUGUAGAUGUCAGGUGAAGACGCUGCGCUUAAACAGUAUUGAGGAAUACAAACCCAAUUUCAAAUCUUAUUUUUCUCUGUGAUCUUGGUUUUGGAAAUCCCAACUUCCAGCAAUAAUAUUAAUGUUGAACACUUAAGUUUUUGAACAACUUUCUUUGUCCUGUUGUUUCUUCCUUUGUCCUGUUGUUUCUUCCUUUGUCCUGUCUGCUGAGGAUGGCUCUUGGCCAAAAGGUUCUUCUUUAAUUGUCCUGUCUUCCAAGAAUCCACAUUCCUUGUUUUGCUAUUUCCUUCACACAGCUUGAGCCCAGUCUUUCAUUUAUUAUCCUUCAAAUCAUUCAAGUUUGUCUCCACCUGGUCAACAUACCUUUAAAAGUGCAUCUCUGCUUAGUUUAUUCAUUUAAAAAAAAAAAAAAAACUGGAUAUCUUAACCCCUUUCCUGGGCAGGCUGACCCAAGUCACGAAUGAAGAAAUGCUACCCCCUGCGGGUCUCAGCUUCAACGUGUUCCUGGAUAAGACAGCCAACGAGAGACAAAAAUUUGCACAGCUGCAGCGAGUGCUCGUGGAUUACAAGAGAGAGAAGCGGGGACCAACCUUCAUUGCCGUCCAGAGUCCUUUUGGUAAAACGUCAUUUUAACUAAAUAAUUGUAGCUCUGAAAUGGGUUGCGUGCAUUUCUCACAAAAUUAUUAAGGUCUUAAAAGAAAUUUUCAUUGAAACAUUGUGUAUCGAUACUUAACUAAUUCCUGUUACUUGAAAGCAGUUAAUUAAGGAAAAUUGGUUGGACGUUUAGCCAAGCCGUGGUCUCAUUGCCUGUUACUAUCAUGCUAACGCAUCCUUAUUGAUUGUUCAGAUUUAGGUCAUCUGACCAGGCUUCUGCCAGAGCUUGCCCAGUUUCCUCUUGUCCCCAUUCAGUCCACUGAUGGCCCAACACUGUACAAUGUCCUGGAUUGGCAGAGGGUCGGCUCAAAACGUAUGCUACUUCAUUAUGUCAACAGUACCAUUUACAUACAGGUGAGCUGUGCUGGAGAACGCAUAAGCAAAGAAGAACAAAAUGAGAUAACAUUUCUUAUGUUAAUAUUGGAGACACAGUUUUAACUUCUGAAAAUUUUGAUUUGUUAUGAGAUUCAUCAUUUCUGUGACAACUUUUGUUUUAACUUAAACAUGUUCCAAUAGAUCAACCAGUCAUGAAAUGUACUUGAAUAUAAUAAAAUGUACUUAACAAAUUGGCAAAACAUUUUUAUCAUUUGUCUGAAAUAACAAUUAAAAGAAAAUGUAGGAAGCAUUGUGUCAUGGCUGGACAUUGUGUCAUAGCAAGACAUUGUGUCAUGGCUGGAUAUUGUGUCAUAGCAAGACAUUGUGUCAUAGCUGGACAUUGUGUCAUAGCAAGACAUUGUGUCAUAGCAAGACAUUGUGUCAUGGCUGGACAUUGUGUCAUAGCAAGACAUUGAGUCAUGGCUGGACAUUGUGUCAUAGCAAGACAUUGUGUCAUUGCUGGACAUUGUGUCAUAGCUGGACAUUGUGUCAAAGCUCGAAAGAUAAUUAUUGCUUUUCUUGUUUUAGUCUCAACUUGAACAUGCCCGCUACCUUCACGUCCCAGUGGGGAAUCUGCCCCAAGAUUUAUACCUUUUUGGAUGUGAUCUGUUUCUGGCACGUCUUGCAAUGAAACACAACCAUAUCUUGUGGGCGUCCUGCACGAAUCGACCUGAUCUAGGCGGGAAGGAAGCAGAUGACAACAGGUUUGUGAAUUAUUUUUUUUUUUCUGGUUGAGAUUUAAAAAAAAAAAUUAUACAAUAUCUGAAUGAGAUAGGAAAUAAUUCAUUUUGAAAUGAGCAAUUUUCCUGUAGGUUUUUAACAGGGUUCGCACGGUCUUGGAAGGUCUUUGAAGGUUUGGGGAAAAUAAAAUAAUAUUUCCAGGGCCCGGAAAGUUUGGAAAAAUUGUCAAAAAACGUCACAGUCUUUGAAAGUUUGGGUAAAAUGAUUUUAAAAAAUUCAAAAGGAAAAAAAAAAACGACAAAAAAAAGGUUUUUUAAAAAUCAAGAAAAAACAUGUUUCCAAUUUGACUGCCAUGCGCUGUGCAGUGCACAUUUCUUAAUGAUCCGUAAUCCUGGAAAAAAGAAAUUAGUUCAUUGGUCGGUUGAUUUGUUUAAGCCAAUCAAAUUACUGUUAACCAGUAAGCUAUCAGUAUUAUCAGUCUGGAGAAAGAGAAAUAGUCGAGAAUUUAUUGAAAAAUUUUCCCGGUCUUGAAAACCGGCAAAAUGGGUCUUCUACUUCUAGUAAAAUUUUCCGGAUAGUCUGGAAUUUUUUAUUUUGUAAAAUAUAAUAAUAAAUUUGGCUUUGAAUUCCAUGAAAAUUGAUGUUAAGGGCCGAUCUCGUCUAUUUAGACUAUAUUAGCCUUUCUGUUAUUAAAAAUAACCUUGCCAAAUACUAGAGUGGUUUCCCUUAACUGCUCAUGCUCUACAAGUUUCUAAUACCGUACAACUUCAAUUGACCAGAAAUAUUUAAUUUCUGUUGACAUCGCCGAUCAAGAGAUGUUUGACUGUUUGGGUAAGUAAAGUGUAAAAUAUAGUAAAUAAUUAUUUGAACCUAGUUUUCAAUUGUGAUAUAACCAUUCAAAAUAGAAAACUCCUUGCCCAAGCGCUGUUUAAAAUGACUAAGCUUAGCGUACUUUGUGAUGUCGUAGUCUUCAUAAGUUGAUCUUUAACCGCUUUACCGUAUGCGGCCGACAUGUAAUUUUUUUAUUAGCGCUAAGCAGCCUUUAACUUUAAAAAAAAAAAAAAAAGACUUUAAGUUCACUUUACACUUCAUUAUGGAGUAGGCUAAUUUUAAAUAGGUCUUGAUCUAUAUGAUCAAGUUAUUUUGUGGUGUUAUUUUUGCGUAGAUUAGUUAGCUAGACGACUGACUUCGGAAAUUCAUUUAAAAGUUAAUAAAAUAAAACUAAAACUAUUUUUGAUUGGACUUGAUACAUGACAUGACAUCGAUUCAGUGAGCCUAACAUAACUGUAUAUAGUUACUUAGUCCUUAGUUAUAGUCCUUUUUUAUAGCUAUGCACUCCCGUGUUCUGUGAAUACUUUAUGAUAUAAUACUAUUAUUCAUAAGCCAGUGUUGUAGGCCAGGUUUUUUUUUUUUUGGGGAGUGGGGGGGUUCUUUUUGGAUACUUCAAAAAAAGGUGAGGUGGGGUGGUCAAUGAUGCAUUCCCUUGCGGAAAAUCCUGACUGUGCCGUUUUAUAUGCUUAUCUUAGUAUUUCUUCUGACUCUAUAUUCCUGUAGUUUAGGACGGGUAUAAUAAAGUCUAUGUGGUGUAUGCCUUACUGUAAAUUAUAAACAUAAUAUUCAUAUGAUAAUAUAUUUUUUUUCGUUACUUUUUAUUUUUGUUUCACUAUUCAGGAUCAAGGCUCAAUAAAAUAAUGCCCAACACACAGUUCCUUUAAAGACUUAUGGUCAGGACAGAUAUCAUGAUAAUGAUUGAACAAGUCAUCACUGCUUCACUAUGCUGGAAAUAUUUAUAUCAAGUAUUCAGGGGGAAAAUAUUAAAAAAUGUCAAUCAUCUGAUGAGACUUCAGCUUUAUCACCUAUCUUAGGUGUCCACUUCUGCAACUUCUCAGCCAAGCUCCCAAUAUAUGUGUCAAAAUAUGAAUCCCUCAUUGGAGACAUUUUAUAGACAAGCAAAUGGAUAUUUAUGUUCGCAUCUGGGAUGUAAAUCAUUUCUCCAUUCAUCUCAUUUUCUAAGACAUGUCACUGCUGCAAGCAUGUCCGAAAAAAUCAGUCCGAUUAUUACAGACCUUGGACACAGGGAAUUUUUACAAAUGACUAUGUUUGGCCCUGCAAUGAACUGGAAAUUUUUCAAAGCCUCUGGAUACAGCUGCACAGUCAGGACAUUUAAAAUAUUUUGUCUAGGACAUUUCCUCAUUGGUCUGUAGCUAAUGAUUCAUCAUGAUAACGAUAAUUUAACUAUUAAUUCAAAUAAAAAUUACAUUUGAACACUAAGCUGAUUCAAGUAUAUAUACCACUGUACAUAUAUGUGUUAUAUUUCCUAAAACUAAAGGAUUUCUCUACAUGGAUAAGCUGAAUGUUAUGUAUAUAUUGUAUAUACUUUAUUUUGUAAAGAUUUUUGAAUCUAUGCUAUUAUGAGGUGAGUUUGUUUGUUUUUUCUCGUUAGUACCUUAUAUGAUAAUAAACACGCUAGGUCUUUGAAUUUUUAAAAAAAGGUCUUUGAAGGUUUGGGAAAAGUUUGUGAAUUUUGUAGCUUGAAUUUUGUAUGAACCCUGUUUUAAAUUUGUAUACAUUAUCAACUUGAAGGAAGAUUUUUAGAAGCGUUUUUUUCUGCAGGCGAAUGGCACUAAUUCUAAUAACAUCUUGUGCUCAGUUUGAUUGCGCCCCCCCCCUCCCCCGGGUCACUUUCCGCACCAGGAAAUGAAGACUUUCCUUUGUAAAUUUCUCUUAGCAAUUUGAGUUGUCCUCCUUGAUUCAAGGCUCAUAUCAAAGACAUGUCUCUAGUUUGGCUCAAAAUGUUCAAAUGCUAAGUUCAGUUUUGCGGUCUAUUUCAAUCCAUUUAAAUCCUUUGCCCCUUCCCCCUUUAAAAACACCCGACCCCCCAAUCUGUAUUCUGUGAAGUAACUUCUUCGGUUGAGUUGUUGUUUGUGUGUAAAUGAAGCUUAAUCCUUGGCUCACUUGUGAAUGUUAUCAGUUGUAAACCUUUUAAACUUAAUGACUACUUUCUCUUUUUGACCAGGCUGUGCAUGGAGCUAGAGGAGAGUAGUGUUGUAGAGAUCAACAACCCCGGGGCUUACAGCACUGUCUGUGUGGACGUGGAGCUGACCAGCCUUGCGGUCAACACCAUAGUUGAGGUGGGUUAUCUCACUAGCAGUAUUGGGGGAAAAAAUCCCCUGUGACCCUCUUAAAGUCUGUUGCACCACCCAGGUGCAUUUUUUGUUUUCUUUCGCAUAAAACGUUAACUUUAAAAAAAAAAAUUUCAUCACCAUCCAGUUCGUGGUGCAGCUUAUUUGAAAUGAACAUAAUUUUUGAUGUAUGUCCAAUUACAUUUGUUUUUGUUUCAGUCUGGGCAUAUCAAUGAACUAGAGGGCGCUAGCGCUGUCAGCUUUGAUGCACCGCAAACUUCACUGGAGGACAUGAUCCAAGGUCAAGGAGCUGCCAUGAUGCUGGCCAGUUAUGAUGAGACAGCGCUCUGUGCAACAACUUUUAGGUUUGACCUUUGUCUUCAUAGAUCAGUUAAAACUUACUACCGGGUAACACACUUAUGUGGUUCUAUCAACAAGUCUGGUCUUAGUCCUUUAUGAAGAUGAUUUGCCUUCAAGGCUCACUGGCCAGUUACGUCUCUUUAACAAUUUGAUUUUUGAUCUCUCAUGCACCUGGAUAAUGUGAAAAGUAUAUAAAUUUAAAAAAAAUAAAAUUGGAAGCUUAAGUAACAGGGAAACGACAUUCAAUAUGAUAAAUGAUUUUUUUUUUUUUUCAAAGUAGAUCUUUUUAAUCAGAUUGAUGCAUUGCCUUAAUUUUGCUUGUUUUAAAUUGCAAUUUGUCUAAUCCAAACUCAAACUUGCUGGUUAUUUUGUCAUUAUUUGAGAAACCUAUAAUCAUUAUUUAGAAAAAUUGCUAACAAUAUACUUCUGUCAUGUAAAAAAAACCACAUAAAAACCCUCAAUAAAAAUCUAUUGAAGAUGAGUGUUUUUGUUUUCCUUACAGAAUUCUUAAAAUGAUGGUGCAAGGCUGGCUGAAAGACAUCACAUCUUAUCAGAACCAACAUGCUGACAGUCAACUACUGAACUUUUACAGGUACCGCUAUCAUUUAUCUUUCCCAACUUUGGUUUUGCUCUUGUUUACUACUGUUUUGUCUUGUUUGAUCAUUUCAAUUUUAGAAAAUUAAGUAGUUAAAAAGGGUCAACACUAUUCUUCAUUUCUGCCAUAAAUUGUUUAUGUUUAGUGUAUUGAAAGGGUCAUUCUGUGCUCUGUUUUGUAAUAUGUUCUCUGUUUUGUAAUAUGUGCUCAAUUUUUUAAUACAAGCACUAUUUUGUUAACAAGGUUCAGAAGCACCAUGUGAUAAUUUUCCUCAGUAGGGCCUAUAUCCUCAGAAUAUAAUAGAUUAAUAAAAUGUUCACAUUUAAUUUGUUGACUACAGAUGGAUUCGUUCACCCAAUGCUCUCCUGUAUGAUCCAGCUCUCAGAAGAACCUUACAUAACAUGAUGAAGAAAGUUUUUAUGCAGGUAAUGGCCAUGUCUCCAAGUGGUCUCAGAUCUUCAAGUUUGAUAGGUCUCUUCUUGAAAGUUGAACUGCUAUUUUUUUUUUAAAGAGUUAUACAUGUUUGUUAUCAACAUAUGUUUGGGAACUCUUGUAUUAGUAAGUACAUUUUACCCUGUUUCAGUCAAAAGUAUUUUAACAUUUCCAGGUUAGCUCUUGAUUUCAUUUUGAAAGGGAAAAAUCACCCAAAGUUGAAUUUGUUUGUACAGCCAGUUCACCCAGAACACAUAAAAGCUAGUGUAAACAGUAAAAUUGUUAAAAUUCCUUUUCCAUAAGUUUGUUUGAUUGUUCAUUUGAAAAUGAGUUGCCUUUUCAGUUCAGAUAUUUACAUUCAGAUUUGUUACAUUAAAAAAGAAAAAAAAGCAUCUUUGAAUCUUGUAGUUAGCAUAAAUGUAUAUAUAACUAUUCCUCUUAUUCAAUUAACUGAAAUAGCUACAAUAUGUUAACUCAAAUGUUUCAUACGAAAUCUGGCAUAGACAUUGUGGUAAGAGGAGCCAAUAACGUUAAGGAAAGAAUCAACGAUUUGCAGUAAAAUUAGUUCUCGCUUUUUUACUUGCAGUUGAUAGCAGAGUUCAAGAGACUAGGGUCUGUGAUAGUGCACGCCAAUUUUAACCGCCUAAUUGUGUGCACCAAGAAACGACGCAUUGAUGAUGCCAUAGGCUACGUGGAGUACAUCACGACCUCGAUCAGGAACAGAGAACUCUUCAGAAUGAUCGGCAUGGACUUUGACAAGUGUUGGGAGUUUUUAAUUUGGAUGGAUCCAGUGAGUAGAGAUUGAGAAAAGCAUUAAAUAAAAAAAUUAAUAUUUUUUAUUCAUUAUAGUCAUACAGUGAAACGCCACUAUAUUGCGCAGUCGUGGUAUGGCUCGUGAAAUUUUGUUUAUUCAUUUGCAAAUUUUUUCAAACACAAUCACAGAUCUGCUAAAACUACCACAACCACAAGAGAUUUUAAAAAAAUAUUUUAAAAAAUUUGUUAAAAUAAAUGAAAUACCCAUCCGCCUACUUUAAAAUAGUUCCAGAGCUAUGUUCAAGGAAUAUUGUAAAACUUUUCUAUAAGGCAACCAUGUCUUGUUGCUAUAUAUGGGGGGUAUUGGAUUUUAUGGGCCCCAAUUAUUGCGUUAUAGCCAGGUUUCACUAUAUUGUAAAAAUUGACAUUUACUAAAAUUCUGCCGCAUCUGUCUCUUAACCUGGACUUGGUUGGUUCCGAUGUGUGUGUUCAACCCCAGCUAUGCUGUAUUGGAUUUUUUGCCCAGCUAUGGUGGAUUGUACUUUUUGCCUAGCUAUGGGGGAUUGGACUUUUUUCCCAGCUAUGGGGGUUGGACUUUUUGCCAAGCUAAGGGGGGUUGGACUUUUUGCCUAGCUAUUGGGGACUUGGACCUUUUGCUUAGCUAUGAGGUGUAGACUUUUUUCCCAGCUAUGAGGGAUUGGACUUUUUUCCCAGCUAUGGUGGGUUGGACUUUAUGCCCAGCUAUGGGGGAUUGGACAUUUUGCAUAGCUAUGGGGGAUUGGACAUUUUGCCCAGCAAGGUUAGCAAGGAGGAAUAAAAACUUGAGCUAUUGGAGACAGAAAAUAGCAGCCAACUAUUCCUGUGAUAAACAUUGGCUGUUUUCAAUCUGUCCAUAUCAGACACGAAUUUAGAAAAAGCUUUUUAUUUUUCGCUUUCUCAACUCAUUAGAAGUUUACCAAUUGACUUUAUAUUUACACUAUACAUGCUCUGAUUUUAAACUAAAUAAAGAUGCAUGUUGCAGAUUUGUUUUAUUGUUGUAUAAUUUAAUAUUUUAUUAGGCCAACAGGGGAGGUGUGUUAGGUAAACUCAGUGAUCUAGAACCCAAAGAGAGGCUCGAAGAUGAAGAAAGAGAAGAAGAGGAUGAUGGUGAUGACCUUGAGGUACUUGAAUUUUAUUUUUUUAAUAAGAGCUUUGCUGAUAUGAGUCAAAAGUUAAUAUUUGAUUAUUUUUUUUUUGCCUCUUGAAUGGACUUUCUUUAAACCAAAUAAAAGAAACUGGUAACAGUAUAAAAAGCUUUUUUAUCAAAUAGUUUGAUAAGUUAUGAAUUUAAAAUUAGUCAAAAUUGUACAGGCAGGCUUAAGAUAAUAGUUUUUCAAACAUUGUUCCUAGAAAGAGAAAUAAUUUUAAAAACUCACUGUUUGAAAUUCCAGUCAAGGACAGACAUGCACUGGAAUAUUGCCAGCUUUUUACCUGAAGCUGGUGCAUGCCAAAGUAAUUUUAAUGUAAGUUUUAUGCCUCAUUAAUAAACUAUAACACUUCUGAUUUUUAUACGACAAAAAUUUACUUAACUUUGAUUAAGUUUAAAAAAUUGAAUAAUUAUAUUAGUUACAUUAUGUUCUUAAGAAAUGAAAUUAGUUUUUUUAUAAACAUGUCUUUAUGGACUUGGAAGUUUAUUAAUAUUUACACUGUAAGCAAACAGAAAACUGAUUAUUCUGAGUCUUGUUAUCUUGUAGUCUGUGCAGUAUAAAAAAAAAUAUGCAGCUAAAUAUUUCCUUAUUUAGAAAUUAAACUACUGUAAACUAAAUUUAUUAUUUAAUUUUUAAUAUUUAUGAUAUUUCCAUAUCAUCUACAGAUGCUUGUAGCUGGCUAUGUUAUGGCUAUGUAUAAACAAAUUCAGGAAGACUCUAAGGUGACCCCUGGUGACACACCUGUCAAGAGGAAAUCUAACAGCCAAACUCAGGUUAGUUUGUGUGUCUGUCAAGUCUUUCCUCACACUCACACGAAGAUGGUUAAAGGGAAAUAAUUAACUUUGUUUAAUUCAGUCAACUCUUUCCUCACACUCACACAAAGAUGGUUAAAGCGAAGUAAUUAACUUUGUUCAAGUGAACCCAGACGAACAAUUAAAUUGUUCAAUCAUACUUGCUCUCUCUCUCUCUCUCUCUCUCUCUCUCUCUCUCUCUCUCUCUCUCUCUCUCUCUCUAUUUAUAUUUGUUUAUGUUUUCUACAACUCUUUCCUCACACUCACACAAAGAUGGUUAAAGCGAAGUAAUUAACUUUUUUCAAGUGAACCCAGACGAACAAUUAAAUUGUUCAAUCAUACUUGCUCUCUCUCUCUCUCUCUCUCUCUCUCUCUCUCUCUCUCUCUCUCUCUCUCUCUCUAUUAAUAUUUGUUUAUGUUUUCUGCUUCAGAAACCAGUUGAUGUUACAACCCUCCCUUCCAUAGUUUCUUUCUCACAAGGCUUAAUUCAAGGGGACCUCACUCACCACCUGUUUUCGUAAGUAAAAUAAUAAUUUACUCUAAACAACGCUCAAAUUUUAUCUUACAAUAAACAAUGAAAUAAAGUUUUGUUAAAGUCAUUUAAUUACGGUCAUAGAUUUCUAGCUUAUUAAAAAACAGCAUGUGAAGCAAAGAAUGUUUCAAUUUUUCCAUUAACUUUUCAUGAAAUAUCCCUGACAUUUGUAGAUUGAGCCAGAAACUGAAGAAGAAGUUUCCUGUUUCACAUGAAGGUGAAGGUGACCUUUUCCCACGCUUGCCAGGGUCGCAUCUGAAACUCUCCAAUCCAGCCUUAGAAUUUGUCAAAAGUAUUUGUGAGGUUUGUGUGUGGGUUAUUUUCUUAUUAGAACACAGUCAAUGCAGUCAGAAGUGUCAGCAGCUGGUCCCCCCCCCCUCCCCACACACACACACAAGUGUCUCAGCCAAACUUCAAUAGUUUCUGAGCAUCAGUUUAUGUCUCAUAGUUAAUGCAAUACAGAUACUUCUCAUACAGCUGUUGUUAGGUACGUUCGGCAAAAAAACAUGCAGACAGUCUUGUGUCUUGUAUAUUUUUCAAAUGAUGCUCAUCGUAACCUGUCAUAUUAACCGUACACUUUAAAAAUAAAAGGCACAGAACAAAUAUGAAAUAAUCUUGUUAUGAAGAAUUCAAGUUUUUAGAAAUGAAGCAGCACAGAAGAAACAAAUAAUGGUCCAAGACUUGGUUGUCAUGGUAACUGGACAUCCAUCUUGAUUUGAGUCAUUUCUACUGCAAUUUGUAAAUUUAUUUGAGUUUUGUUGUCCCAAAGAACAUCUCUCACCCCUGGUAAUAGCCCAGGUUUAGGAAUAACUGUUUAAACCAAAAUGCCUACAACUCUUUUGAAGCAUGAGGCUUUUUACCCUGAGCAUUGCCCUGCCAUUUAUAUAGGGAUAUGAGUGAAACGAAUUAUUGGAAAACCUAAAAAUAAUUAACGCAACGUUUCAGGUGUUCCCAUACAUUGUUUCAUUAUUUCCAUUUUUGCUAACCUGAUUGCAGUAUCUCCCCCUUAUUACCAUUUAUUUAGUGUAUUUUCUUGUAUUGAAAUUCACAUGUCAAAAAAUAAAUAAGAUUCCAUCAAAACUAAUUCACUCACAUGUUAUGUGACCUAAUAAUUGAACCACAAUUCUUUUCUGACUAUUCAGGUUCUGGCACUGGACAGUAACAUAACAAUCCAGGUGAAAAAACUGAAGCGAGACCUGCUGAAACUGAUAGGUGUUGGGGAGUUCUCUCCCCAAGCUGAGUUCAUCAACCCUUGUUUGUCAUUUGUCUUGCCUGAGGUAAGAACAGUGAUAGUGUUUACGAAUGUUUUAGACACCAUAAAGCUUGUGGCAUAUACAUGAUGUGAUAUUAUGCAUCUGUUAUGUGGUAUCUUGACUGACUUUGAGUAUGUGCUCAUUCAGUUUGACAAUGGCUGUCUGAGCGUUGCGUGAGCAGGUUGUAUUGUAUUUCAGUAGCCAGCUGCACUAUAUAUGUUUGAAGUAUUGUAUGACCAGAUGAAAGAUAAGCUUGGAAUAAAGUUUACGUUGUACUUUGAAUAUGACUUGUGUUCUGUUUCAAUCAGACUAUGACAUAUGAACGUAUGUAUGAAAUUGGCUUGAGAAAUUCAACCUUAUGAACCAAUCAUUUUUAAAAAUACCGGGGUAAUGUAAAUGCUAACUCUUUAAGUCAACAUUGUCACUUAUUUAGGACAGUUCCUUGGUACAUGACUGUUGAUUUUGCACUUGAGAAAUACUUUUAGGUGUCUCGUGUUAAAUUAUUAUUGUUUAAGAAGGUUUUUCUUUGAAAGAAUAUGUAUGUGCUAAAAAUGUAUAUAUACUAUGUAAUUUAAAAAAACAAACAUUUCCAUUUAUUUGGAUUAAUUUAAAGACUAAUAUCUUUUCUUAUCUUACCUGGUGAUGGUGAAAUGUUAACUUGAAACAAUCAAAGCUUUGGAAUGGGAUUAGUUUUUAAAAAAUGUGUUUAGGAGUGGGGGUGUGUGUGUGUGGGGGGGGGGGCACUAAGCACAAGCUAGCGUCGCUUAUGUAUAACUAAAAGUCAGGAGUCACUAGCUCAGACAAGUGGGACUGUUAGUGGGGGGGGGGGGGCACUAAGCACAAGCUAGCGUCGCUUAUGUAUAACUAAAAGUCAGGAGUCACUAGCUCAGACAAGUGGGACUGUUCUUAAAAACAGCAACUAACAAAUAUUAUAAGUUAUAAAAUAUAAGAAUUGAAAAAAGGGGCUAUAAAGAGUCAAUUUGAAAUAAAAAAAAAUUCCACAAUUGUUGGUUCAUUUUAAAAAAAAAAAAUUAUUUGAAUAAUUACAUUACUGUGCUGAAUAGUUGCAUUAAUGCGCUAUAAAUUUUUUCACAGAUGAUCUGCAAAGGUUGCAAUCAGAUUCGUGAUCUUGACCUCUGCCGUGAUGAAUCUGAAAAGAAAGGCGGAGAUGUGGCAAGGUAGCAAGCUGUGUUUAAGAAAAAUUGUAAUUAAGAGUUUGAUCAAUUCUACUGGAAACAAUGCCAUAAAAUUUAUUUGAAUGUAUGUUAAAAAUGUAAUCAACUUUAAUUAUGCCAAAUUUAAAUUGAACUUGAUUAAUAAGUCCUCGUGUCAUUUUAAAAUCUCUCCUGCAGUGCCUGGGUGUGUCCUCAGUGUAGAAGUGAGUACGAUUCAUCUGAGAUUGAGCAGACCUUGGUGGAUGUCCUGCAAAGGAAAUCCAUGGCUUACGUCUUGCAGGACCUUUCUUGUUACAAGUGCCGUGGGGUACGUGUUGACUGGAGUAAAUGGUUUUAACAUGGGGGAAUUUUACUUUGCUCUAGAGUCUAUAAAAGCAGCAGUAUCUAUAGAUUAAGUGAUAUUUAAGGGCAGGUAACAACUUUACCAAGUCAAUCCUGGAUUCCCUUUAAUUUUGCCUAUUUCUAUUUUUAAUUUGAUUUUUGACUUGUAGGUCAAAGACACAAACUUGAACCUACACUGUAAAUGUGCUGGGGAAUUCAAGCCUUCCUAUGACAUUACAGAUUUACAUAA